GGGCCGCCUGCCCCCUGGGGGACCUCUCUCUCAGAUGGGGCUCCCCUGGGGCUGUGGCUGUCCCAGCCUCACCGGCCAUGCCAGGGGCCUCCUGACUUCCCUCGUCACUCUGCUCCUCCUCCAGCUGGGCUCAGCCCAGCUCAGAGUGGAGGGACCAGGCCAGCCUGUCACUGCCACCGUGGGGCAGGAUGUCGUGCUGCCCUGCCACUUGUCCCCUCAACAUGAUGCUCACAGCUUGGAGGUCAGGUGGAUUCGACGCACGAUAUCUGAGACAGUGCACCACUACCGCAAUGGAGAGGACCUGUAUGGGGAGCAGAUGUGGGCAUAUUCUGGGAGGACAGAGCUGGCCAGAGACGGUCUCUCUGAUGGAAGGUUGGACUUGCGUAUCUUUGGGUUGAGACCCUCUGAUGAUGGCCAGUAUGUCUGCACUGUGAAAGAUGCUGAUGAUUAUGGAGAAACUAUUGUGGAUCUGGAUGUGACAGCCACAGGCGCUGACCCCCACCUCUCCCUGGGGGGCUACGAGGCCGGAGGCGUCCGGGUGCUGUGUCGAUCGGCCGGCUGGUACCCGCUGCCGCAGCUGCUGUGGAGGGAUGCUCGUGGGCAGCACCUGCCCUCGGUCUCCCAGACACAUUCCCAGGACCAGGAGGGGCUCUUUGAAAUCGAAGGUGCCAUCAUCGUGGCCGGGAGCGUGGAGGGGCCCUUGUCCUGCGUGGUCAGGAACAGCCGCCUGCAGCAGGAGCGGGAAUCAUCCCUGCACAUCGCAGCUCCUUUUUUCCUCAACGCUCAGCCCUUUAUAGUGGCUCUGGCUCUGGUCCUUGUGCUUUUGGCUGUGUCCAUUGGCCUCGGUGUUUAUCUCUUUCGAAAGCAAGCUACACAAGCUACAGAGCUGGAGAAAAAAGAUGCAGAGCUGGAGAAACAAGCUGCAGAGCUGGCAUGGAGAAAGUUUCUGCUGCCUCACAAUACAGAUCCUGCUCCCGCUGCAGCACAGAUGGGGCUCCCCUGGGGCUGCAGCCACCCCAGUCUCACCGGCCAUGCCAGGGGCCUCCUGACUUCCCUUGUCACUCUGCACCUUCUCCAGCUGGGCUCAGCCCAGCUCAGAGUGGAGGGACCAGGCCACCCUGUCACUGCCACCGUGGGGCAGGAUGUUGUGCUGCCCUGCCACUUGUCCCCUAAACGGGAUGCUCGCGAGUUGGAAGUCAGGUGGAUUCGGCGCAUGAUAUCUGAGACAGUGCACCACUACCACAAUGGAGAGGACCUGUACGGGGAGCAGAUGGGGGCAUAUGCCGGGAGGACAGAGUUGUCCAGAGAUGGUCUCUCUGCUGGAAGCCUGGACUUGCGAAUCACAGGACUGAGACCCUCUGAUGAUGGCCUGUAUGUCUGCAUUGUGGAAGAUGCUGAUGCUUAUAACGAAGCAGUUGUGGAGCUGGAGGUGUCAGCCACAGGCGCUGACCCCCACCUCUCCCUGGGGGGCUACGAGGCCGGAGGCGUCCGGGUGCUGUGUCGAUCAGCCGGCUGGUACCCGCUGCCGCAGCUGCUGUGGAGGGAUGCUCGCGGGCAGCACCUGCCCUCGGACCCCCAGACAUAUUCCCAGGACCAGGAGGGGCUCUUUGAAAUCAAAGGCGCCAUCAUUGUGACCGGGAGCGUGGAGGGGCCCUUGUCCUGUGUGGUCAGGAGCAGCCGCCUCCAGCAGGAGUGGAAAUUUUCCCUACACAUCGCAGCUCCCUUCUUCCACAACGCCCAGCCCUGGAUGGUGGCUCUGGCUCUGGUCCUCGUGCUUUUGGCUGUGUCCGUUGGCCUCAGUGUUUAUCUCUUUCGAAAGCAAGCAGCGAAAAAGGAUGCAAAGCUGGUGCAACAAGCUGCAGAGAUAGAAGAAAAAGCUGAAAGACUGAAGGAACAAGCUGCAGAGCUGGCAUGGAGAAGGUGUCUGCUGCCUCAAAAUAGAGUGAAGGUAACCCUGGAUGCAGACACAGCUCAUCGUGACCUCAUCGUGUCAGAGGAUCACAGGAGUGUGAGAUGGGAAAUUGAAUUGAAGGACAUUCCUGACACAGAUGAGAGAUUUGAGAGUCGGUGCUGCGUGUUGGGCUAUGAGGAGUUCAGAGAUGGGAGGCACUGGUGGGAGGUGGAGGUGGAGGGGGAGGGGAAGAGAGAAAGGAAUUCUUGCUGGGCUGUGGGAGUGGCCAGGGUAUCUGUGAAGAGGAAGGGGGUGUUGAACAUGAACCCUGAAGAAGGGAUCUGGGCUGUGCAGUACGAUGAAGGACAGCUCAUGUCUCUCACAUCUCCUCGCACUCCCUUGUCCCUGUCCCCUGUCCCCACGAGGAUCUGGAUCUGUCUGGACUGCACCCAGCAGCACUUGUCUUUUAUCAACGCUGACAACGGAGUUGAGAUCUUCACUUUCACAGCAGCCAACUUCGAUAAAAAGCCCAUCCGUCCCUGGUUCCUAUUGUGGACACAGGGAAUUCAGCUGUGCUUGAGGGACAGCAACCCCCAGACCCUGUCCCCAAACCUGGGGGGCUCCUGCCCUUCUCCAGCCACUCCUGCAUCACCUCUCCUUGGUUCUGCAGGAGCAGCACAGGAAUGAGGGGCAGUGGGGCCAGGGGCUGCCCUGUGUUCCUCCCUGCUGCUGGAACAGGGCUGGGAUGCUGCAAGCAGGGACCAGGCCCCUUGAAGCCCCUGAGUUCUGCCCUGCCCCUGACUCCUGUGCUGGGGCACAAGCCCUACUGGUACCCACAGGUGUUAACCUGCCUCUGAGCCCCAGCAGGCAGCACAGGGGCUGCAGCAGCUCUCAUUGCUCCUCUCCCCUCUGCUAGCACUGCUUGCAGACCCCAGGGCAAGGGAUGUGGUCACCAUGCGCUGCUGGCCAGUGCAGGCCACCUUUGCCUCCUAGAUUGGGGUUGAUCUUUGCUCUGUGCCUGGUACUGAGCAUGAGCAGCCUUUGGGGGCUCUGUGUUACCUCCUCUGGAGCAGGGCUGUGUCAAAUAAAGUUUUGUACAGGAA